CCAAGCCCUGAGUUUCCCUUGUCUGCUCUUCCUCUGUCUCCCAGGACAGGAAAAGGAGGGGAAUCUCAACAUGGAAAAACUCUGCAAUGGAAAUGAAGGAAUGCCUGAGAAACAAGGGAAGAUGGAAUACAAAGAACAGCCACAGGAUGUGGGAAGGCCAGAAUUAGCUUGUACUCUGGAAGACAAGGAAAAGUUAGAAAACAAGGGAAAGACAGAAAAUGAGGAAAUACUGAAGGACAAGGAAAGGCCAGGGAGUGUGGAAAAGCCCAAAGAGGGAAAGCCAGAAAACCUGGAAAAUCCAAAAGAAGAAGGAAAACCCAUGAGUGAGGGGAAGCCAGAGAGCAAGGGACAGCCAAAAGAAGGAGAAGCAGGGAUCGAGGGAGAACCAAAAGAAAUAAAUCCAGAGAGUGAGAAAAAAAAUCAGAGCCAAUGAAAAGAGGGAAAGCCAGAGAACCAAAAAAGCCAAAAGAAGACGAAAAGUCAGCCAGGGAACCAAAGGCUGUGGGAAAGCACCAGCUGGGAAUGAUGUACCCAGGCAGGCCGAAAGAAAA